CCACUGUUCAAAGAUUCAGGCUGCCACUGCAUCUACGGUUUACAUAACAUUUGUUAUUAAACUAUUAUCACAAUGGCAAAAAUACUUGUAAGAUAUUUUCCCACUGUGAUUCGAACUGCAAGCUGUAGUUUACGCCAUUUAUCGAUUGGAAACCCUAACAAACUUGCCGUUGCAAAGUCAACAAUUUUACAAAACAUUUUUACCGCCACAACAACUCAACGUCUCUACAGUAGUGGCAGUUCCAUUGGCAUUGUGGAUUAUGCUGCAGUCAAGAAAUUGGUGAACGAGCCAAAUAAGUUGCUCAUUGAUGUGCGUGAGCCAAAGGAAUUACAAGAAACUGGACAAAUUCCAUCCAGCAUCAACAUUCCAUUGGGCAUCGUUAGCCAAGAGCUGGCGGCCAACGACCAGGUGUUCAAAUCGAAAUAUGCACGGGAUAAGCCACAGCCCGAUACGGAAAUUGUGUUUCAUUGCAAAGCCGGAGUUCGUAGCUUGAAGGCUGCAGAAGCGGCUGUCGCCCUCGGCUUUAAAAAUGUGAAGAGCUACGAAGGAUCCUGGCUAGAUUGGGCCGAGCACGAAGGACUACCAAAGUAAAUACUCAAAACUCGAAAUAUUAUAUUAGAUAACAUUGCUUUUAUUGAAUUAUAUUCAAAUUAAAUAAAAUUGUAUA